AUGAGGAUGUUAAGUUGGAACUGCCAAGGGCUUGGGAACCCUUGGACAGUUCGAAGCCUUCGCAAGAUUGUGAGGGAUCAAGCUCCCAUGGUGUGUUUUUUAAUGGAGACUCACUUGGAUAAAGAGGGUUAUGAGAUUCACUGUAAAGAUAUACCAUUUAAGAAUAAAUUGAUAGUCAAGAAACCGAACACAGGAGGGGGAUUGGCACUACUUUGGAAGGCAGAGGUGCAAUUAGAUGUGAUCAACUAUACAGAGCACCAUAUUCUAGCUAAGGUUGUGGAGGAAGAUGGGUAUGUCUGGUACUUAACGGGCUUCUAUGGUUGGGCUGAGGCAAGUCAAAAACGCAUAUCUAGUUUUGUUGAUGGGCCUUGGUGUUGUAUAAGGGACUUCAAUGCCAUUUUAUUUUCCUCUGAAAAGCACAGUAUGCACCCACCACUGUACAAGCAAAUGGAAGAGUUUGGUUCUGCCUUGGACUCUUGUAACUUGGCUGAUCUGAGCUUUCAUGGUUAUCCAUUAACAUGGAACAAUAAACGCCCAGGGACUGCUAAUACGAGGGAGCGACUAGAUUGGGCUGUUGCUAACACGGCAUGGAGAGAAAAAUUCCCAGCAAGUACAGUUUGUCAUUUGUUUUCUCAUGCUUCAGAUCAUCGCCCUAUUUUGCUACAAACUAGAACUGACAGGGGAGUGCGAGCAAAAGGCAUACGUGGGUUUAAGUUUGAGGAGGCGUGGCUUUUGGAUGAAGAAUGUUAA